AACCGCGCGGGCUUCUGGGUAAUGUAAGGUGCAGCACGCUGAAGGCAGCUGGUGAAAAAAUAGCUUCCGCAGUUCCGUCAGCUGGCGAGGUUAAAUGCUUUGUAAGUGUACACCGUUGGACUCUUAUUUCUCUCUUUUCACACAACAGUAACAGCCACGUCUGCGCGGCUUCUCCAGUGUUUUUUUUUUUCCUUGUGUGAUUUUUGGCGCAACAUGAGUCUGAGCGAGCAUUCACUGCAAGCACUCUCCUGGAGGAAGCUGUACCUGAGUCGAGCUAAACUGAAAGCUUCCAGCCGGACAUCAGCUCUGCUCUCUGGAUUUGCCAUGGUGGCCAUGGUAGAAGUGCAGCUGGACAACAGCUAUCCCUACCCACCUGCCCUCCUCAUCGCCUUCAGUGCCUGCACCACUGUGCUCGUGGCCGUUCACCUGUUCGCUCUGAUGGUCAGCACCUGCAUUCUGCCCAACAUAGAGGCUGUCAGCAACGUCCACAAUCUCAACUCUGUGAAGGAGUCUCCACACGAGAGGAUGCACCGGCACAUUGAACUGGCUUGGGCUUUUUCUACUGUUAUUGGUACUUUGCUCUUCCUCGCUGAAGUGGUUCUACUCUGCUGGGUAAAAUUUUUGCCCGUGAAGCCCAAAACAUCCAAUAGUACUACAGUUUCAUCUGGUGUGGCUGCUGCCAUUACCUCCACCUCCAUUAUGGUUCCCUUUGGUUUAGUCUUCAUCGUCUUCGCUGUACAUUUCUACCGCUCUUUGGUCAGCCACAAGACGGACAGACAGUUUCAGGAGCUGGAGGAGCUUUCUAACCUCACCAGGCUCCAAAACGAGCUCGACAACAGAGGGGAAUCUUCCAUUCUGCAGUCACCAAGCUCACAUUUCCCAUAAAUGUGUACAGCGGAUACACAUCUAUGGUUGAACUUUGACUCCGUGGAGAUUUGUCCAAGGAAGAAGCCACAUUACUGGCUUCUAAUUUUUUACAGGAAUGAAGAUAUUCAUCACCCUUUGUUGUGAAAUUUACUUUUGCGAGGAACUGUAUUUUUAGAAGACACUUUUGUUUCAACUGUGAACUCACAAAUCUGACAUAAUGCAUGUAGCUUGAAAUCAUGAAGUCUUAACUGUUAUAGUUGCUUGAUUUAUGUCUACACACAUCCAAGAGUAACUUGACAUCCUGUCUGUUGCCUGCUGCUUUUAUUUACCACUUUGUCAGUGAACACUCGUAUUUGUUUAUGUAUAUUACUUUGUUGUGUUUUGUGAACCACACAUAUGUAACUUUUUGCUCCAUAUUUACAUGACCUAUUGUACUGUUCACCACUUGCAUUCAGAAUGCAUUCUGCGCUGACUAAUCACUUGCCUAAACUACAGUACUAUUAGCGUAUAUUUGCUGACAUCUGUAGCAGAGGCUGUGAUGUUAAAAUAAACAUUUUUAUACCAACUGA